UAUCAUGAAAUAAAGACUACGUUUACUAGAUCUACAUUUUACAAAAAAAAAUGAUAUCUACAAUACAAAAUACGAGAAACAACAAUUUGGCUAUUUUGAUCGACAAUUUAAUAACACGAUAUUUACAGUAUCGAAUACGUUUGCUUGCUUCAGACCUCAGAUCUCAGCAGACGACAACAGGCAAUAUUAAUAUUAGGUGUGUGAAUGAGAAAGAUAUGGACAGUGGAAUCACCCAUCAAUAGGGCUAUAAAGACAUAAUUUUGUUAUUCAAAGGAUCCAAUUAAAAAGCUACUAGAGGUAAAGUUGUCAGAGAUGGGAAAUACAGGUGGGAAGAAAAGAGAAAAUCAGUUGGCAGAGAAAGGUCUAACACAUAGAACAGAUGAGACAACACAGUUUGAAGAAACAAAAACUGAAGGUGGUUUUAUACCAGGAGAUCAUGAAGCCGAGAUCUGCUAUGGAGGUGAAGCUGACUUACACAAGCACUAUACGGGCUGUAAGAAGAAUCCAGGUCAUAAAAAAUUUAAUCCUGUUAAUGAUUUUAAAUUGGAUCAUCUCCCCUCACGUUACCGUGACGUCAUCAUGUUGGAGGUAAUCAAAACUUUGUCUGCCCUAACGGUCCUGAUAAAGGUCAAGUACACCAGUCUAGAGAGACCAAAGUCUGUUCCAUGCUUCAGUGGUCAGUAUCCAUUUUAUAACACCAGAGGAAGUGACGUGUUGAGGACAGGGACGGGGAGGGUGUGUCAUGUGGUCAAGUACACAGACAGUGACAACAAGGGCACUUGUCCAUGUGGCAAGUGUCAACACUCGGACACACCCAGCAAAGUGUGGGGGGAGGUUCGUGUGUUGACAGCCACACACGUGGUCUUUGAUGAGAGUGAGGCGAGACAGACCAGGUGUGUUGUAGGUUAUGAUGACAAUAAAAGUCCUGGGGUCAGUCUUGAUGGCUGGGGGGUGGAGGAGGCACACAUUGAGGGAGACAUGUGUAAGUUUACAUGUGUGUCAUGUGACUUAGAGUUGGUUGAUGAACUGGACAAGAUGUGUCGGCACUUUAAUGAUCUAUGUCAGAAAGUAAAGGACAAAUACAGGAGAUUUGUUGAUGUGGACAAGUUGACCGUUAUAGUGUCACAUCCUCAUGGCUGUCCUAAACAGGUCUCUGUAGGAGAAUGGACACAUGAACAUGAGAGGGAAGGUUGUUACACCAAGUACACGUACACAACAUGUACAUGUCCUGGCUCCAGUGGAGCACAUGUCUACAUGACGGGAUAUGGCAGGUGCUGGUCACGUCCCCACAGUGGAUCAAACUCUGAAGGAAAUUAUAGUGGGGAGGAUGGGUGGUUUUAUCUGUAACUGUUGGUUCUCUUCCCUUGUCUCAUGUAAACAAACAAAAUGGCGGCUCCAUUCAUUAAACUUGUGUGUGUCAAGACUUGAAUGUCUUCAUCAGCAACUUUGUAUACUGGUGAAGACAAGAAAUAAAUUGUUUGGUUUCUUUCAGUCAUUUGUUUAGAGUUGUUAGACACAUAAACAAAAUUAUAAACAAAUGUUUAUUGUUGAGAAAUGAAAUAUUUAUAGACUACACUUGUAUCUUUGUUUUGUUUAAACCUCCACAUUAGAUUUGUCAUCUCCAUCAUUGUCUUUAUUUAUACUUUAAUUCGUGUUUGUGUUUGUUUACAAACUGUUUGUAUUUGUUUACAAACUGUUUGUAUUUGUUUACAAACUGUUUGUAUUUGUUUACAAACUGUUUGUAUUUGUUUACAAACUGUUUGUAUUUGUUUACAAACUGUAUUAUUGUCAAUAAAGUUUUAGAAGAUUU